CUAGCAACCGUUUCAACUUCCGGCUCCUUCCCGCUCAUUGCACGACUUCAUUUGUCAACAAAAUCUAGUUGUUUCCUGCUCCCUACUCAACCAAGCUCAGAAAUAUAAAAAAUAGUACUCAUUAAAUGUCUGUCUGCUCUUUGUGUUGCUAUAAAAAACGACCAUCGUCGCUAGAAGUACCGGAGCUAAAAUAAAACAAUAACUCAUCUCCGUUUCUUGGGAAGAAAAAAACAACAACCAAAACGACCGGAAAAGAAACAAGCUCAGUGAAUUUCAAGUGUCCUAACUUACUUCCAGACUUUCUGUCACUCACCUGGUUAACCUGACCUUGACCUUACCAUGUUUGACUGUGCAGUUGGCGACACCAUGUACACCGUCCAGAGCCCCUAUGGCAGCAACCAAUCGGACUUUGAGUGCCAGGUGGGCGAUACCAAGGUGGACGGUUCCAAGGGCGCCUGUCCAUCUAACCUGAAGGAGGUCCCUAGCGACUUUCAGUGCCAGGCCAAAGUCAUAACAUCUGACUUCCAGUGUCAGGUAAAGAAUGUUGCUGGUGAUGGACUGACUGAAGGUCAAGGUGAAUUCAUCAGCACAGAGCAGAUGCAGCCACUACUGAGAGAAAGCACACGUCCUGCCAACAAAGCCAGGUCCGGCCCCAAGACAGGUGAGACCAGAGCGGAGGUCAAGACAAGCAACUCUGCCUCACAGUGCACCAUCCUGACCUCCAACCCGUCCGCAGACUUCCAGUGCCAGGCGGGCCGCUCGUGCUGCCAGGGGGAGGAGGACGUGCCGGAAGUGGCGCCGUCGUCGUCUGCAGACUUCCAGUGCCAGGUGGGCGUGGCGCAGUUUGACUUCCAAUGCCAGUUCAACGACAACGUGCUGGCAUAGGUGGUUGUGUCCCCUGGACAACGUGCAGGCCUAGGUGGUUGUAUCCCCUGGCGGAUGUUGGCCGGACGUUACGUGUUUGAUGGGAAAAACAAGGACAUUAGCCAUAACUUAACUUAAACCCAAUGACUUUAAUUAGAAGAGUUUUAAUGUUGCGUUCAUUUUUAUUAAGUACAGUUUAGACGCUUUGCAAGAAUUAAAAACGUUUUUUUUUAAAA